UACCUACGAUAUUUAAUUCAAGUGACUCGUUUAUUUAUUUAUUUUUUUUUUUUCAUUCAUUUAUUUAUUUCAUGUACUUACAUGGUUUUAUUUUCUCAACAAUUCAACAUGCUUAAAUAUUUGUUAAUUAUUGGCCUAUGUGAAUGUUUUAUCAACCUAACGUUUGCGGAAGACUAUAUCGGCUGCUUCAAGAGUCCUCCGGAGUCAGAAGAACCUCUUCUGGUAAUUACAAAUCCACGAGCUCCAGUAUUUUGUAUGAAAGAAUGCCUCAGUCGUUAUUACAUGUAUGCCGGGUUAAUGAAAGGUCAACAAUGCUACUGUAUGAGUACUUAUGGACGUAAUGGGCCAUCAAAUGGCUGCACCACACGUUGCAUCGACGAUGAAAAAUCACUAUGCGGAUCACACGAUUCUAUAAGUGUUUACAGCACUGGUCAAAAAGUCUCAAGCCCACCACGAAGGCUCAGGGUGAUAAACAACAAGUCAGAGUCACUUAAUAUCACAUGGCAACCACCAGACAUCACCAAUGGUAACAUAACAUCUUACAUUGUCCGUGCAGUGGCACUUGAAACUCAUGCAUUUUAUCCACUUCAGCCUGUGCAAUUACAAGUGCAAGGUGAAUCAUCUGACAGUACUCUCCUAACUAAUUUGCAGCCUGGUACCAAGUAUAAUAUCUCUGUAACAGCUGUCAAUACUAACGGUGAGAGCCACCCAAGUUAUACUAUUGACUGGACAUUAAUUGGUUCGCCAGAAAAACCGGACAAGCCGAAAAUAAUUCAACAAAGCAGUUCUACGGUCAUUGUUGAAUUGGCUGAAGGUAAAAGUCAGAACGGGCCGUUAAGUUCCUAUCAAGUUAUUAUUAUCCAUCCCGGAACUAUCCCGCCGAAACAAGUAGACAUUACUUAUCCGGAUUAUCAUACAGCUAUCAAAGAUGACUUGCCGUUUUAUAUCACCGGUGAAUUUAAUGCCAACGAGUAUUAUAAGUAUAAGCGAUUUAUUAUCGGCGAUGGUCAGAAAGUAGGCGGUUAUUACAACGCGCCGCUGCAGAAACCUUUUAAUAGACCACAAGUUGGAUUGGUGUUGGUAUCUCGCAUAGGAAACGAAAUAAAAUACAGUCAUUCUGAUUUUGCAGGUCAUUCGUUUGAAUCAAGUGCAGGUCCUGAUGGUUUAGCUGUCGGACUCUAUAUUGCUAUUGCUUUAUUUAGCAUCUUAUUAAUAGCUGCUGUCUCUGGCUAUUUUAUUUUGAGAAAGCGACAUGAACAAAUACGCAUGACUAAGUUACCUGAGCAACAAGAGCUUACACUACAGGGUCCAAUGUACGAAGUUGACAACAUGGCUUACAUUCCAGAAGACGUUCCAGAACGUCCCAAUCAUUAUCAAGAUUUAAAGUCUAAAGUAUGGAAUAUUCCUAAAAAUUUUUUGACCGUCGAACCGGCCGUUAUAAGACGAGGAAGGUUUGGCAACGUUCAUAUGGGAACUGUUCAAGAUAAAGAUGGCAACUCAUCACUAGUUUUGAUUCACUCGAUAGAUGAUAAAAAUUUACGCGCUUCUGAGAAGCGUCAUAUGCUAAGAGAUCUUGAUGUCUGUAUAAAAGCAGGCAAAAUGAAUUACCUAGCAAGUUUUAUUGGUAAUUGCGAAACACCUGAAAUACUCUAUGUUGUUCAAGAAACGGUGACACAUAAUUUGAAACUGAAAUUAAUCGCUGCCCGAUCUGGUGAUGUUUUUCCGUAUGAGUUUAUCCUUACAAUUGGAUCAUCGAUCGCUAUGGGACUAAAUUAUCUUGAAGCUCAUAAAAUAAUUCAUUCGCACUUGUGUGCGAGAAGUAUCGGCCUUACUGAUGAUUUUGUACCUAAAAUAAUGGGAUUCGGUAUUGGUAAACACGCCUUAGAUGAUUUGAAACUAGCCCGCUGGACUGCGCCUGAAAGAUUUGGUCAUAAAAAACACAAUCCGGCUGUCGUUUGGACUUUUGCAGUUAUUAUCUGGGAGAUGAUGAGCAUGGGUGGUACUCCAUAUCACGAUUUAGAAGAUGAGUGCGACGUCGAGGAAGCUGUUGUUGAGAAAAAUGUGCGAUUGCCGCAGCUACGAGAUAUGACUGAUCCGAUUUACGAAGUUUUAAUGUCUUGUUGGCAUGAUAAUGCCGAUGAACGUCCGACUUUUGAUGAACUUAGUCGAUUGAAUACAUUGAGCGUUGUUCCUAUCACUGCCAUCACAGAGCCUUACAUUCCAGAACUGGAAUUGAAUAACUAAAUAAAUCCAAUUCUUUCCAUUUAUACUUAAGGUUUAUAAACAAAAAAACAAUUUUGCAUUUACAUAUAUAUAUUAUAUAUUACAUAACUCAUUUUUAAAAGGUCAUGAACCUUGAUAUUAUGUAUAGUUACCGUACACAAAUGCUAUUGAUGCAAUCUUUAUUAUUUUUAUAAACGCGUAUAUAUUUAUAUACAUAUUUUCCAGCUACUUACAAUUCGUACAUACAUUAUCAUAAGGCUCAACUUUUCCGUCCAGAAAUUACUUAAUUUUUUUUUAAUACAAGUUUUAUAUAUUUUUUACUUUUAUUUAUUGAUAUUCUACAUUGAUCUUAUUUUAUUUUAUACAUUUUAAUAUUGUUUUUAUUCAGUAAUUAAUUAAAAAUUUGGUUAAUUCCAUGAAGAUAUUUUCUAUAAUCUUCACAAAGGUUCAUUUAAAUUUAGGCAUUCACCAAAGUACAAAUAAAAU